ACCGGUUGCGGUGAUGGGAUCUUAUUUGCUAACAACGAAAAGGCGACGAUGCAGAACCUCAACGACCGCCUGGCCUCCUACCUGGACAAGGUGCGACUUCUGGAGGGAGACAACGCCGACCUGGAGUGCAAGAUCAGGGAGUGGUAUGCCAAGGUAGGGCCCAGCUGCGAGCCACGGGACUACAGCUGUUUUCAUAAGGAAAUCGAAGACCUUCAGAACCAGAUCCUCUGUGCAGCCAUGGAGACUAACAAAAUCCUUCUGAAUAUUGAUAACAACAGGAUGACUGCUGACGACUUCAGAGUGAAGUACGAGACUGAAUGUGGUCUCCGGCAAAACGUGGAUGCAGACAUUUGCAACUUAAGGCCCGUCCUGGACCAGCUGGCCAGCUGCAGGACCGACCUGCAGCUACAGUGUGAGGCUUUGACUGAAGAGAUGUGUUGUCUGAAGACGAACCACGAGGAGGAAAUGAACUGUCUGAGGAAACGGGCGACUGGAGAUGUGAGCGUGGAGGUCAACGCCUGCCCUGGCCCAGACCUGAGGAAGAUCUUGGAGGAUCUGAGGUGCCAGUAUGAAACGCUGAUGGAGCGCAACCGCAAAGAGACUGAGCAGUGGUACGCCUGCAAGGUGGAGGAGGUGAAUCUGGAGGUCAUCACAAGCAGCCAGGAGAUUGAGUCAAGCAACAAACAGGUCACCGAGCUGAGACGUCAGCUGCAGGCCUUGGAAAUCAACGUACAAGCCCAGCUCACCAUGAAAGAAAACCUGGAAUCCUCUUUGGCGGAAACCGAAUGCCGCUACAACAAAUACCUGGCUGAGCUGCAGAGCCAGAUCUCCUGUGUGGAACAGCGGCUGGCUGAAAUACGAGCAGAAAUGGAGUGCCAGAACCAGGAGUACAAGACCCUCCUGGACGUCAAAUGCCGCUUGGAGCAGGAGAUUCAGACCUACCACUGCCUGCUGGAGGGAGGACAGCAUGACAUCAUGUACGCAGGCUACGGACAGACUCGGGCACAGUAAAAUCUUUAUGCUUUGACUUACAGGGAUAUGAAAAUUAGUGAUACCAGUGGUAAAA